CUCCGCUCCGCCGUGGUUUCGGUUGAGCAUUCUUGGCAACGUCUCGCUCUGGGAACAGCAACCGGAGGCAGCUUUUUGACCAUGUCGGGAGACUAAUUUUAUUACCGUUUGAGACGAAGGAGGACAAUUGCCGCAGUUUUCAAAGAUCUGUAUUGGACUUAAAAUAGACUAAGGAGUUAAAGGGCUGGUCCAUCAUGGCUCAGUGAAGAAAGCCCCGUGGAGCAACAGUGAUGUUUUUGGACGCCGGAGGCUGUAACAAAGCCAGUCAUCUCUGUUUCUUGCAUCUCACCUGACAUGGGAUGCCAGCCCCCUGCCCACUCAGCCUUCAUCUUGCCCUGAGCUCCCUUGGGGCACCAUGAACAACUACAGAGACAGAGGGGUCACUUGCACCUCCUCAGACCUUCUGGACGGGGGAGGACAAGGUGUGCUGCCUCAGCACACGCCGUUACGGCACACCCCCAAUGGCCACCUGGUCCACGCAGACCCGGCCCUGCAGCCACGCGUCUCUGUGCCCAAAAUGGGAGUCCGCGCCAGGAUUGCCGAUUGGCCCCCACGACGGGCCCAGUCCAGAGAGUCGCUGCUUGAAAAUGGCCAAAUAAGCAGCAGUCACAACGGCGAUGACUGCUCUGCGUCAGUGUCGUCGUCGGCGAUGUCGUCGGACGUCGGGUUGAUACGAGGUGGAGUGGCACGGUUGCCUCGGCGGUGGUCUAAAGAUGUGGAAUUCCGAGGUGCUGAGCGAAGUUCACCUUUGAGCCUGCGCGUCUUUCCCCCGCUGAGACAGCGCUCAAACAGCGAGGUGACGCUUAGUGAACAGGAUGAGAACGAGGUGGAAGUACGUGGCGCAGGAGCAAUUGGGACCUUGUUCAGAGAGUACGGCAGCACCUCCUCCAUCGACAUCCAGGGGAUCCCUGAGCAAAGCUUUUUCGACAUGCUCUCCCAGUUCCACCAGGAGAGACCAGACCAGCGUAGUUCGGCGCCCUCGCGGCUCAAAGAGCUGCUACGUACAACGGAUUCUCAACAUACCGGCGCUCCUUCGCCCGGUUCCACACUGAGCGGAGAUGAACGAAGGAAAGAUGGAUGCGAGCGUGUAAGGAAAAAAAGCGGUGGCACAGAAUCAUCGCUGGGGACUUCGUCAUUGUUCCGGAAACUCCGAGGCGCCAGUCGAAUUGAACAGGACGGGGGCAAAGGGGAGACAAGUGAAUCUGAUGUCCCAUACAAAGCAUGGGUGUGCCCAAAGAGCUUUGUCCACUAUGAUGCACAGAGUAUCCUGUUUGAUCUCCACGAGGCCGCAGCUCAGCGGGGAUACGUGACCCAGAGGAGGAACACUGCCACGGGGGCAUCCGCGGCCUCCGUGUCUUUGUCCACGUCCAAAUCUUUGCCUCUUAGUGGGAAUGAACCCGUAUACGCCAGCAUAGAGGAUUUAACUCUUGGCCCUGACCAUAGCACAACCACACCCUCUACGCCCAUGGACCCUACAGAUAUUCCUCCCGGAUCCCAUAGUUCCAGCCCGCUGCUUCUCAGCUGCCCUCACUUUAUCAAUGAGACUGGGGGACACGGGGAACGUAACAUCAGCUUCCUCAGCUCAUCGGCCGACCAAGGAGAAGGAGGAGAUGCAGUGAGGGGUUGGUUGAGGAGAAGUAACGCCAGUGUUUCCGUUCUGGAGAUGCCUAUUGAACAGCAGGUCACAAGACUGGAAAGACUUAAAGAGUACAGCAUAGAGCAUGUCGAUCUGGGUGCAAGGUACUACAGAGACUACUUCCACGGGAAAGAACACGCAAACUAUUUUGGUACUGAUGAAAAGCUGGGUCCCGUGGCUUUGAGCAUACGUAGGGAGAAACUAGACGACACCAAAGACCUGAAGGAUCAGUAUCAGUACCGCCUGAUUGUGAGAACCAGCGAGCUGGUGACACUCCGAGGGUCCAUCUUAGAGGAUGGGGUGGCGUCAACGGGGAGGCACGGCACGGUGCGAGGCCUGCCCCUCAAGGAGGUCCUGGAGCAGGUGGUCCCCGAACUCAGCGUCUCCUGUUUGAGGCUUGCGGUUGGUACGCCUAAAGUCACUGAGCAGCUCCUUAAACUGGAUGAGCAACGGUUAAGCCAGAAGCACAAGGUGGGUGUUCUACUGUGCCGUGCAGGCCAGAGCACUGAGGAGGAGAUGUACAACAACGAGGAGGCGUCGCCCGCCUUCUCGGCUUUCCUGGAGCUGUUGGGCGAGCAGGUGCUCCUCAAAGGUUUCAGCAAAUAUGCUGCACAGCUUGACACAAAGACUGACUCUACUGGCACCCACUCCCUGUACACUGUCUACCAAGGCUACGAGGUUAUGUUCCACAUAUCCACCAUGCUGCCAUACAUGCCAAACAACCCACAGCAGCUAUUAAGAAAGAGGCACAUUGGGAACGACAUUGUCACCAUCAUCUUCCAGGAGCCUGGAGCGUUGCCGUUCACCCCCCAGAAUAUCCGCUCUCACUUUCAGCACGUUUUCGUCAUUGUCCGUGUCCACAACCCCUGCUCAGAAAACACCUGCUACAGUGUUGCUGUGACAAGAAUGAAGGACGUGCCUCCUUUUGGCCCACCCAUCCCGAGCAGUGUCACCUUCCGCGACUCGGACACUUUUCGGAAUUUCCUGCUAGCCAAAAUCAUCAACGCGGAAAAUGCGGCGCACAAGUCGGAGAAGUUUCACACCAUGGCAACACGGACGAGACUUGGAUACCUGCGCGACCUGGCAGAGAACUACAUCAGCAGCACUCCCAUGGACUCUGCCGGAAAACUUAACAACCUCAUCUCCCUGGCUUCUAAGAAGCGCGAGCGCUCGAAAGCACGAGAGGCGGCCGAGCUGGGGGCCGCCGGGGCCGUCGCCUGGAGGGUCCUGGCUCAGGACUUUAGCGGCGGCGGUGCUGAGCUCCCCUGCGCCUUGGGCUUUUCUGCCGAAUAUGUUCUCCUGGUGGACUGUUCUACCAAAGAGGUGGUGUUCAACUGCUUUUGUGCCGACGUGAUCGGCUGGACCGCCGAGCGAUUGGCCUUGAAGAUUUUCUACGGCAGGGGCGACCACAUUGCAGUGCGGGUGCCUGAGGGCUGCGCACAGGACAUCAGGGAAAUAGUGCAGCGUUUGAAGUCACUGACGGUGGGAUGCGAGACAGUGGAUAUGACGCUGAGGAGAAAUGGAUUGGGCCAACUUGGCUUCCACGUGCGCCUGGACGGCACCGUGGCUGAGGUGGAAGAAUACGGCUUUGCCUGGCAGGCGGGCCUGAGGCAAGGCAGUCGCCUGGUGGAGAUCUGUAAAGUCGCCGCCGUGACGCUUACUCAUGAGCAGAUGAUUGACCUGCUCAGGACGUCGGUCACGGUCAAAGUGGUCAUUAUCCCACCGUACGAAGAAGGCGGGCCGCGGAGGGGCUGCACAGAGGAGUACGAGAUGAAGACCAUGGAGCAGAAGCCGGAAGCUGAGCCUUUGGCCGGGGGCUACCGGCCCUCCCCCCGCUCGGCCUGGCGCUGGGACAGCCCGCCGGUGCCUCAGGGGCUGCAUGGCACCCCCAAUCCGCAGCGGUGGGCCGCCAUGUGCCCCCCACCGCCGCCUCCGCUGCUGCGUUCCUCCCACAAGGCCUUGAUGCCCGUUCCCUACAGGGAGCCUCAACACUUCAACUCUAAGAGGCCGGUCAGCUACCCGGAGAACCACUACAACAUUUCUCCUGGAGGGUGUGACCGAGUGCUGCCCUAUAGAAACCCCUCGGCCAGCUUCUCCUCACCUUCCUCAGGCCUGGUGGGCCUCUCCACCAUGGGGCCGCCUGGAAUUACACCUGGGCCCUUUGUGCGCUACAAGCCUACACCUGACAGGUUCGGAACCAGACAGCCCCCUAUGCUUUCCUACGAGCCUCACCUCAGCAUGGAUAUCAUUUCCAGUGGAGAGUUGUCAUCGGGCUUCACCAGUCAGGAGAGCACUAUGGAGCGCUGCAAAACUGAACCUCUAUGGCAUGUUCCAGUGUCUUCGUCCAGAGUACAAGCUGGUGGAGGAGGAGGCCAGAGGAGGCUCAGACAGGACGUUCAAGGGAAAGACUCUCCAAACCGACACUCAAAGGGUGAUGCCCAAUACUCCAGCCACUCCAGCAGUAAUACGCUGUCCAGCAACGCCUCCAGUAGCCACAGCGAUGAGCGAUGGUUUGAUGGGGGACCCAUAGGCGAUCGAGGGGACAGCGGUUUUCCGGGCGAUGCGACUGAGCCCGAUCCGGACCUUCUCAACAAGGGCGGAUCCAAUGACAGCGGCAUCGACGCCCCGGCCCACUACAACAAUCACAACAGUCGCCACGUUUCCGCCGGCCAGCCUCACAAGCCCUCGCACGCUGCUGUCGUAAGGAGCGGAGGGGGCGACGCCAAGAAAAGGGAGUCUUCACCCGGAAUUUCGGCCGCGGCCAGUCAGAACAAAGGUUUUCGUACUCGGACGUUCCCACCUCCUGGAUCUAGUGCUGAAAAAAUGGAAACUUUCAAGCCAAGAGCCUACACACCUCAGGGUUACAAGACCCCCACUGCGGACAAAGCACAUCCCGUUCGCGCCUCCACCACCACACCCACUUCGGCCCACCUGAGCUCCAAUCCUCUAUCGAGCUCAGCACCCAAGGCCUUUUACGGAAAGAACAGACAAAGCGCCCUGCUGCCAGAAGACUUCGGUCCUUCGCCAUCCAACACAAAGACUUCUUCCGGUUCCAACAACAACAAGACUCAGGUUGACAUCAAUUCAAAGAAUGUGUUCGGACAACCUCGACUGCGAGCGUCGCUGAGAGACCUGCGCUCUCCACGACGGACGUACAAGAGCACCAUCGAGGAUGACUUGAAGAAACUCAUCAUUAUGGACAACCCUGGAGAGUCUCCACAGCGAGAUCCGUCUCCCCGGCGUAAACUGCAGCGAACCUUUUCUGACGAGUCCCUAUGCAGCGGCCGCAGGGACGCUAGCUUCGCCAACUCGGAAAACCAGUCGGCGCCCAUGGACAUGCUCUUCACCUGCACUCUUCCCACGCGCAAGCACUCCAGCUCAUCCAACCACUCACAGUCCAAAAAAGUGCCGCUGUCGGCAUCAGAACUGUCCCUCACUGAGGUGAGAGACAAAGUACCCCCGCUGAGGAGGCUGGACCCCGGACUCAUGCCCCUGCCCGACACGGCCUGUGGACUGGAGUGGUCCAGCCUAGUCAAUGCUGCCAAAGUCUAUGAAGCACAAAGAGCCGUGUCGCUUUUUUCACUCACCGAGACACAAGGUGGAGUAGACAUGAGGCCAGCCGGCAGUCCUGUGCAGUUUCCUACUCCGCAGACGCCACGGACGACACCCACUUUCAGCAGUGACGAGGUGCCAAACGAUUUGUCUGGGCGUCUCCACAACCUGGAGUUGAUGUUGAAACAGCUCAACAAUGACCUGGAGAAAGAGAAGCACGACAAGGUUGCUCUCAUGGCCGAGAUGGCUAACCUGCGCGAGAACAACCAACGGCUGCAGGAGGAGAGCGUAACGGCCAGCGAGCAGCUGCGCAAGUUCAACCGACUCUUCGGCCACCUGGGCGAGGGCGAGCACGCCGCGCACUCCCCGGCACUUCAGGCGCCGCCCAAGAGGGAGUAAAUGUGACUGACCUAGACUGGACUGCCUUAAAACUGGAAAACACAACUCUUUCUGAGACUUUUAUUUUUUUAAGUCCGAGAUGUAUGGUUCGUACGAUAGAGGAGACUGUUUGAAUCACCUGGAGAGGCCUAAACACUGUUCCUGCAAGCCAAACAGCUAAAAACACCAUAAUAAACUACAUCUCCUAUUAUGCCCGAGAAUCCCCGGACGCACUACAUAGUCAUAAGUACUGUUCAUUAGACGCCUGUGAGGUACAUGCUGAUAAUCUAUAUUCUUCUGAUAUUUUUGGUCUACAAGUGCGCGUGUUUAAAAGACAAUUGAGUGACAAACAAGUUUACAGCAAACUCCUGAUUUACACAGAGGACCUUUGGUACUGGAGAUAUUUGUAAUGCAUACAGAAUUCCUGUAGAGGGAGCUGGUGAGCGUGUUUCAAAGAAAAUGCUCCAACAGGACCACAUUAGCUCACCUGCUAACAUAUCUUUUUUGCUAGCGCGCUAACUAGCUAGCUAGUCCUCUUUCUUUUUUUUUCUUUUUUUUUUUUUUAACAUUGAAGCAACAUAAAACCACAGCUCAAGGUGGGUUACUUUUGCAUUUUCUAUGCUGUGAAUGCUAACUAGCCACCCGUCUAAUAAGUGUUUUUCCCGCUAUUGUCACAUUCUCUUAAUUACCAAGCUAGCUCUUGCUAAUUUAAAUGCCACAAGCCAUACUUGUCAUUUUUUUUUCUAUUGACAUAAAGCUAAACUGUCCCGUCGUACUAAAAAUUUCCAAACGGUUUCCAAAAAUAUAUAUUUUCUUCCCAGAAUUGCAAGCUAUUUCUAUACUUUGUAAAAAAAAAAAUUUAAAAAAAAUCUAAUGUGCUUUACUGUACUUGUGGGAGAAAAAUGGCCCCUCAUCCAUCUGUGAAAAAAUACAUUUAUAUACUGUUGAUGUAUUUUUCAUACAGAAACACGGUUUGCGCUUUGCCAGCUGCCAGUACUUUUUGAUAAUUCCGAGAAAACUGUUUGCGGUGACUGGAACUGUUCAAUACUUGGCUCAGGUUCCUCAUGAUGCUGGACCUAAAUACUACAUGAUCACAGGUACUGUUUGAAAAAAAUACAACAUCAUCUUGAUCCUUAUACGCCAUUGUGGCUUUCCCUUUAAUGUGUUUUCUGGAGUUUGGUGUUGACAGAGUUAGGCAGAACAUGGAAAUGGGCUCCCAAAUUGGGGUGAAGUCAACCAAAAUUGUCCCACCAUGCAAUUCUAAAAAGCCCAAUGACGCUCGCUAUGUAAUAUAGUUGUGAGUACCUCCAUUCCUUGCUUUUAAGCUCUUAUGACGUGAAGUCGUUCUUCUUUAUUUCCUCUGUUCAGGUGUCUAUAAGUCUUAUUUCUCAUGUAAAAAGUUUCCUUUAAUAUAAUUGGUUGUUUUAUCAUGUAUAAUGAAGCUAUUUAUAGCCAAGUGAUCCAAGUUGAACAAAUCAGUAAUGGUAAUAUUGUAAUAUUUUCUUUUUGUAGAUGUUUUUUUUUAUAAUUUAUUUUUUUGGUUGUGACUCAUACAACAGUGAGGACGUGAGAGGGUACUGUGUUUUUGUCUUCACUUUUCCUCUUCUGGUUGUUCUGGGCUGUAAUAAGUGUACAUUUAAAGUGUUAAUUAUGUUUUCAUUUUAUACAAAAAUAAAAAUUAUUUCAAGUUUU